AUGGAGGAUGCGCCGAAGUCGCUGACUCUGUUCCAACCACCUAGUCCUGCGGAGGCCAAACGAAUAGCGAAGCAGCACGCAGCAUUCGGUCCCUUGGGCUCAAAACAGCACCUUUACUCGUCACGCUUCGAAGGCACCGACUUCCCAGAGCCGGUAGAAGACGAGCCACCCUACUACUAUCUUAUCACCACCUACAUUUCCUACCUUAUCCUCAUCAUUUUCGGGCACGUGCGAGAUUUCUUCGGCAAGCGGUUUCGGCAGGAUCAUUACAGGCAUCUGCAGGAGCAAGAUGGGUACGCACCAUUGAACAACGAUUUCGACAAUUUCUACAUUAGACGAUUACAGCUACGGAUCAAUGACUGCUUCAGACGACCCGUGACAGGUGUGCCAGGUCGUUUCAUCACCUUGCUGGACCGGACGAGCGAUGACUUCAACUUGUCGUUCAAGAUGACGGGCACGACCACGGAGACGCUGAACAUGUCUUCAUACAAUUACCUCGGCUUUGCGCAAGCGGAUGGCGAGUGCGCGGACGCUGCUGAGCAGAGCAUCAAGAAGUAUGGCAUCUCCUUCUGCUCGCCUCGCGCAGAUGCAGGGAACAGCGAGCUGCAUGUGGAGGUGGAACGCUUGGUCGCGGAGUUCGUGGGCAAGGAAGCAGCGACCAUCCACAGCAUGGGUUUCGUUACCAACGCUGCUGUCUUUCCGGCAUUGGUCGGUAAGGGUUGCCUCCUCAUCAGUGACCAGCUGAAUCACUCGUCCAUCCGCUUCGGCGCAAGGUUGUCCGGCGCGGUCAUUGACAUGUUCAAGCACAACGACAUGGUCGAUCUAGAGCGCCUGCUGCGCGAGCGCAUCAGCCAAGGUCAACCACGCACGCACAGGCCGUGGAGGAAAAUCUUGGUCGCUGUGGAAGGCUUGUACAGUAUGGAAGGCACCAUGUGCAAUCUGCCGGGUCUAGUGGCGUUGAAAAAGAGGUACAAGUUCGCUCUUUACGUCGACGAGGCGCACAGCAUUGGCGCAUGCGGGCCUAGGGGACGCGGCGUGUGCGACUACUUUGGCAUCGAUCCGAACGAAAUCGACAUUCUGAUGGGUACCUUCACAAAGUCCUUUGGCGCGAAUGGUGGUUACAUCUGUGGCAGUAAAGCCAUGGUCGACAAGAUUCGCGUCACGAAUGCCGGCACCAUCUUCGGCGAGUCGCCUACUCCUGCGGUGCUCACGCAGAUCGCGACUUCACUCCGCAUUAUCGCUGGCGAGAUAGCACCUGGACAGGGCGAAGAGCGAUUACAGCGUCUGGCGUUCAAUUCGCGCUACCUGCGCCUUGGCUUGAAGCGGUUGGGCUUCAUCGUCUACGGCCAUGAUGAUUCCCCGAUCAUCCCGCUUCUGCUCUACCACCCAGCGAAGAUCCCAGCCUUCUCGCAUGAAAUGCUCAAGCGUAAGAUCGCCGUGGUCGUGGUUGGAUACCCAGCUACGCCGCUCAUUUCAUCAAGAGCACGUCUAUGCGUGUCUGCGGCGCACACGAAGGACGACCUAGACCGAUUACUAGCCGCCUGCGACCAAGCGGGCGAUGUGCUUCAACUCAAAUUCAGCUCCGGCAUCGCAGGCGGACAGGAGCCUAUGCAUGACGGCCUCGUGAACGAAGACCAGGAGGAAAUCCGGUCGUGUCUAGAGAUGGGCGGCAAACCAGCAGUCAAGGCGCCGCGAUGGAGAUUGCACGAGAUCCUGAAGCGUGGCGUUCAGGAUGUCAAGAAGCCGCUCUAUUAG